UGGGUGUCUUGGGGUGCUUUUACGGUGUUUUCUGCUUUUUCUGCUUUCUUCUUCUUCUUCAUCUUUCGAAUUUUCUGCUGGCUUUAUGGGACUUACGAUUACGAAGCUAUGACUUCUCUCUAUUCGAUUCUACUGACCUCUACUGCAUGACGAUUCAGUGUUACUUUUACUUUUUACUUGAGUCAUGCCUUGAGCUGGCUGCAGUGGCUGGCUGGUUGGCUGGACAUCUACCUCUUCUCUUCAUAUGCAUCUUCUACGAAGUACUUAUUUACCAAUAUCAAAAGUUACUUGCUGCUGGAUCACAUAUCAAUACAUGCCUAUACACAUAUGACUUGGGGGAGGGGGCAUCGAAAACCACAUCCUGGAAAACCAUGAACAAAAAGAAAAGCACACAAAAGAAGGCAAGAACCGGGGCAUUCUUCUGCCUGGCUGGCCAGACCUUCGACCUUCAACCGCCUUGGGGCGGGGCAGAAACAUGCGGAAGAUUUUUUCUCGUUGUUUAUUUGAGUUUUGAUACGAGCUGCGAGGAUUAUGUACUGCAAGUCUGCAAGUCUGCAAGUCUGUAUGUCUGCAACUGUGGUGGAUUCGGGAAGGUGGUUUUUUUUCUUCUAGUUGUUUGGGUGUGAUGUACUCUAGGUACGUUGAUGCACUGCACUGCACGAUCCGGCGGUUUUCGGCCGGCGGGUUCGGAUGUUGAUGAUGUUCGGGAGGGUUGUGGGUGGCGUUGAUUAUGUAUUAUCCUCGUCGCGAAUUCUGUGGCGUUGACUACCAAGUACCGG